AUGUUUAUUGAUCUGGAGAAAGCGUAUGACAAGGUUCCUAGAGAGGUUCAAUGGAGGUGCCUGGAGGAAAAAGGUGUGCCAGUUGCUUACAUUAGGGUGAUUAAGGACAUGUAUGAUAGAGUUAAGAUUCGGGUUAGGAUAGUGGGAAGUGACUCGAAGCAUUUCCCGGUUGUUAUCAGGUUACACCAAGGGUCUGCGCUCUGCCCAUUCCUUUUUGCCCUGUGCUGGGCUUUAUCUACUGGUUAUUGUUCUGCUUUUCAUCUAUUUUCUAGUUCUGGUGAUGUUGUUCUUUGUUCUAUGGUUUCUAUUGAUGGACUUGAAGAUUCUGAAAGUAGGAAAGUUCUAAACAGUUCCGGAGCAGGAGGUUCAGAAGUCAAAGGCAACGAUUUGAACAAGAAAGAGAUCGAAUUAGUGCUGGUGAAGAAAUUUGGAGAAAUCCUCACCAAAGGGGCAUUAACAUGGUAUUUCCUUCUCCCCGAGAAUCCAAUUGAUUCAUUUACUAAACUUGCAGAUGCUUGUAUCAAAGCUCGUUUGGGAGUUAAAAAAGUGGAAAAAUGA